AGUCUCAACUCGUCCAUCUUAUUCCUAGCACUGCGACUAUUUGUGUAAUAAAUUUUUAAUGACCCUCCACUCUCUUUUCCCUUCCUGCUCCUUUCUGUUAUUCCACUAAACCUAUUACUGUCCUUGUCAAUUAGUGCCACUGGCUUUCCAAUAUCCACCUCAUUUUGCCUAUUACUAGUUCUCCUAGUACUCAUGUUACUACCCUGCGACUUCACAGUUUUCCCGCCAAAACCCAUACCACUAACUAUUCCUAGUUUAAAGACCUAACAGCUCCCUCCACUGCGUUGGCCAGUGCUCCCACCCCCAUGUAUUCUUUAAGUAUCCUGGAAAACAACUCGUCGGGUCCCCUGUUUGAUAACCAUGUCCGUCGUGACAGUAAUAUUAGUUAAUUUGAAUUCUUAAGGAAUUGAAUAAUUGUUAAUUUCUGGAAUCUCAUUUAUGUCUUCUCGUGUAAAUACUGACAAAGACAGUCAUUAAAUAGAGAACGCAUUUCCAGUUAGUUAUCCGUUAGCUCUCCAUUCGCAAUUUUCAGAGGUCCUAAUUUUCCCCUCACCUUCGUCCUAUACACUUGAAAGAACCCUUUUGGAUUAGUCUUUGAUUCGUUAGCAACUCGAAUUUCAUAGUCAUGUUUAGCCUUUCUAAUCCCCUUUUUUACUUUUCUUUUAAACCGAACAUAUUGGUCAGUAAGGUUAACCUCUCCUGUCUUGAUGAGCCUAUAAAUUCCUCUUUUCCUCCCUAAUAGAUGAUUUAUCCUCCUGUUAAUUCAUUUGGGAUCGUUAUUAUUUGACCUUUUUUCUCUCUGGAGAAUAUAUAUACUUCGAGCACGUUGUACAUUAUUAAGAAAAAGUCAUUAACGCAAAUCCCUUCGUAAUCGUAAGUAUGAUCAUGGUGAAUAAAAUCAUAAGCUAAAUUACCCCAAUCGAGAUUAGACAGGUGUUCCCUAAGUCCAAUAUAAUCGGCAGAAAGAAAAUCGGGGAUUUUUACAGUAUUAUCAAUACUCUCGUACUCCCAGGUAAUAUUAGAAGUAAUGGAUUUGUGAUCAUUUGCGCCAAGAUCUUCAGGGAUCUCCAGAUUAAUUACGAGGGUUUAUUUGACAAGACUAGGCCGAGCAAAUUAUUACCUCUGGUAGGCUCUGUUACACAGUGCUUCAGAAAACAGUCCUGAACUACUGCCAUAAAGUCACUGGACUCCAGAUUACCAGUCAAAGAAUUCCAGUCAAUUUGACUAAAGUUAAACUCCCCUACUAUCACUAUGUUAUUGUGUCUAGAAGCCCUAACAAUUUCGUUCCAAAAAAAGUCUCCCUCUAUCAUGAUCCAAGCCUGGAGGUCGGUAUAUUACACCUAGAAUUAGCUUUUCUUGACCUUCUAGAAACUCUACCCAAACAGAUUCUGUUACUGAUCCAUCUGUUUUUAUACUUUUUUAUAAAACAAUUUAUAUUUUCUCGUACACAUAAUGCAACUCCUCCCUCUUUCCCGUUAUAUCUAUCUACAUGGAACAACUUAAGCCCUUGAAUACGACGCUCAGCAAUCAUAUCCAGACUCGUUAAAUUAUGCCAAGUUUCAGUUGUUGCAAUGACAUCAAAGUUCCCAGCACAUUCUACCAAAGCCAGAACGCUUGUAGCAGCAGUUCUCCCUGAACAUCUUAGGGACAAGAUUGGAGUCCAGGACCAAAAGUUCACUGACGGAGCCGUGAUCUGGGAUAAUCUAACGGGCUCUGAAACCAGACCUGCUCCCCCCAACAACUACAAACAGUCGCACUGGGAUGGCCCGAUAGUGGAGAAAAUAGCCUCAACACUGCUUCAAAGUGUGUCAGGGAAGGAUAGAGCCCGCCUCCUGGCACUGAGAGCUCCUCAUGCAGGGGACUUUCUGUUGACUGUUCCCAACUCCAGCCUUGGCACACGGCUCGACCCACAGACCAUCCGCAUUGGUGUUACCCUUAGACUUGCCGCAACUAUUCUCGCCGAACACAAGUGUAUUUGUGGCAGUGAAGCAGUAAACCGAUUCGGGUACCAUGGUCUUGUGUGCCGUAAAUCCGACGGAAAGAUUGCAAGACAUGAGGAGGUUAAUAACAUUAUCAAGAGGAGCCUCACAACAGCCGGAUGCCCAGCAGUAAGGGAGCCACCCCAACUAUGCAGAUCUGAUGGCAGCCAGAAGCGUCCAGAUGGUAUCACACUUCAAGCCUGGACAGACGGGAAGCAGGUGGUGUGGGACUACACAUGUGCAUCUACCUUGGCUGAUACCUAUCUCCAAUACACCAGGGAGGAAGGAGGGGCAGCUGCCAGCUUCAGGGAGUCCCAAAAGUCUAGAAAAUAUGGAGAACUUGCCCAUCAUUAUAUGUUUAUUCCAAUAGGCUCGGACACCCUUGGCUCAUGGGGAAAGAGUGCAUCUAAGUUCUUCAAGGAGCUAAGCAAAAGACUCAUCAGGGUAACUAGGGAUCCCAGGGCAGCUACUUUUCUGUUCCAGGGACACAGUGCUGCUGUUCAGAGGGGUAAUUCCUGCUGUAUUUUGGGCACGUGCCCCAGUUCUGAAGAGCUGGAUGAGAUUUUCGCAUUAUAAUCAGUGACAAACAGGUAACAAUAUGAACUAGACUUGUAUCUCUCACAUCUCAUGUACUGUAUAUACCAUCUUUAUAUAAACAAUGUAUCUCUUAAACCUUUUGUAUCAUAUUAUGUAAUAAAAUAUAAUUAUUGGUAAAAAAGAAUGAAAAGAUGAGGUGGUAGGGGAAGUGGAAUAUUCAAACGGAUUCAGGAAGAAAUCCAAAUAUUCUUCUUUGAAGCCUUUUUAUCCACUUCUCCCAGGCUAUGGGUCCCACAAUUUACACCAGAGGUGGA